AUGGACCAUCUUGAUCAGAAUGGUGCAUUCGCGUGCACUUGUGGUCACGGUCUUCCUUUGGCCAUGAUCGACAUAACAACAGCCGGUGAACAGUUCACCUAUGUUCUCAGCUGUUUAAAAAAAGUAUCUGAGAUGCCAUUGUAUGGAUCAGACAUCCGCAUCAUGUACGAUGUUGGCUGUAAAAUUCGCAAGGCCCUCCAGGUGAGUUUUGUUGGACUCUUUUCAUUAAGUUUAAACAUUGAUAAACUUGAUGUACCUAUUGCGGUCGGCAUUUUCCAUAUCACUGGUCAUUCGCCAGAAUGCCAGAUCCACUUUCAUCCUCGCCUCAAAGAGGGGUGGGGAAUACAGGAUGGGGAGCAUCUCGAGCGGCUUUGGUCCUUCCUCAACGGAUUUGUGGCCAUGACACGUAACAUGUCGUCUCUCAACAGACGGCUUACUCUGACUAUUGCUCUUGACUUCUUUACCGAGCAGCGAAUAGACAACCUUGGUACCGAGUCUCUCAUGAUCAUUUUUAAAAACUGCGUUGCUCUUUGCUAA